GGAAUUAGGGUUGAGUAUCAUCAACCACGGGUUAGAGACGCUCCUCCAGUCCCUCUCCACAAACCCCCGCCGUCUCCUCCGCCACAAACCCACACCGUCUCCGACGUCUCCUCCGGCACAAACCCCCACCGUCUCCGACGUCUCCUCCUGCACAAACCCCACUGUCAUGAUCAUACACCCUACCAACUCCUGCGUUUUUCCGAUGCCUUCAUAGCAGCAGCUGCUGCAGAAAAUAUACAGUAAGUUGAUUACUGGUGGAUGUUAAGGCAUGGCUAAGGUUAGAGACCGGACUGAAGACUUUAAAGAUGCUGUCAACAGGGGAGCUUUGUCUUUAGGAUUUAACGAGGCCAAAAGGGCAGCUCUUAUGGCAUCUUUUAUCAUUCAUAAACCUCGGGAAAGAUCACAUUUUACCAAGGCUGCAUUGAAGACGCUAGAGAGCAUUGGAACUCUAGAACAAUUUUUAAAAAAGCAUAGGAAGGAUUAUAUAGACCCUCAUCGUACAACAGAAGAGGAGAGGGACAGCAUUGAACAUGAAGUUAGCGUUUUUGUUAAAGCCUGUAAAGAACAGAUUGACGUUCUCAAAACUAGCAUAACUGAUGAAGAAGUGAAUUCAAAGGGCUGGCUUGGCAUUCGGGCUGACAAUGCUAAUGCUGAUACUAUUGCACACAAACAUGGAGUGGUUUUAAUAUUAAGUGAAAAGUUGCAUUCAGUGACAUCACAGUUUGACCAACUCAGAGCCGUACGAUUUCAAGAUGCUAUUAAUCGAGCUAUGCCUAGAAGAAAACCAAAACGGCCCCCCAUGAAAACAUCUACUGAUGUCGACAACAAUCUGGAGUCGAGAGAACCAACAACUUCAGAGACCGCGGACCCUGGUGAAAUCCAACCCGAACCCAUGAAAAUCCAGCAGCAACUUUUAGAUGAUGAAACACGUGCUCUUCAGGUGGAGUUGUCGAGUCUUCUAGAUGCAGCGCGUGACACUGAAACAAAGAUGGUAGAGAUGUCGGCUUUAAAUCAUCUGAUGUCAACACAUGUGUUGCAACAGGCUCAACAAAUAGAGUAUCUGUAUGACCAGGCGGUUGAAGCAACGAAAAACGUAGAGAUGGGUAACAAGGAAUUAACACAAGCCAUCCAGCGAAACAGCAGUAGCCGAACAUUUCUUUUGCUUUUUCUAGUUGUGCUUACAUUUUCUGUUCUCUUUCUUGACUGGUACAGUUGAAUGUUUCUUUUCGUCAACUCGUUUUGAAUUCAUAUUUAAGUUCAAACGUUUGUUGAGUAACACCAGUGAACCCGCAGAUUUGAGCGUAUAACAUCAUACCAUUUGUUAUGACAUUUGUUCUUGCAUCUA